AGGGGCAAAUGAAUGACACCCGUAGUUGGUUUUGAAGAACGUCUUCUGAGCUCAAUCUCCUGAUUCUUCUACCAUUAUCAACUGGAUAAAGCGGUCUCAGCCAGGCGAGCCGAGUCAACCUUCUUUCCUUGUCUCCAUCUAUAUAUCUUCUUCAAUUUCGUCAAGAUCCGAUUUUCAACUUCCCCAUGAUUGCAAUCUAGUCACACAUUCAAAUCGGAGAAAUACGGGCGAAAUGAACCGCCCCAAUUUCCCAAUCUCAGUUUUCCCCAAAAACUGACGCUCGAAUUUUUCACCUCCAAUCUCUCUACAAGAUCGACGCAGAGCCCUAAUAUACAGAGGGGCAGACAUGGGCGGUAAUGGAAAGCACCGCUGGAAGAUCUCUCUACACAGGUUCUCGUCGUCGCCUUCGCGGAACCUCGGGAAGAAGGAUCCACCGGCUGAAUUCGUUUGUCCCGUUUCCGGUUCGUUGAUGUUCGACCCGGUUGUUGUGCCUACCGGCCAGUCGUUUGAACGGACUUCGGUCCAAGUUUGCCGGCAACUUGGGUUUGCCCCGGCUCUUCCCACCGGGUCGAAACCCGAUUUCUCGACUGUAAUCCCCAAUUUGGCUCUCAAAUCGAUGAUUUCCAAAUGGUGCGAGAAGUCUGGCGCCGAACGGCCUAAAGCGCCGGACUAUAGCUCCGUUGUGGAGGUUGUCCAGAAGAUGAUGGCGGCUUCGGGAGAAGAUGACGGUGAUUCGAAGAUCAGGGCGAAUGAGUUGACUCAGGAGAAUCAUUUCUACUCGUCGAGUUCUGAGGAAUCGGUGAUUGCUAAUGUUCCGGCGACGCCUUUUCUGCCGUUCAUGACGCGGCCAAUGUGUUACUCUGCUCUAUCUUCGACGUCGACGUCGUCGGACAUCGUUUCCGACGAAAACCUGGGCACCGAUUGGUCUGCAGAAGACGAACAAUUUGUGGUGAAACUCCAGAGUUUAGACUUGUUCGAGCAAGAGCAAGGCGCUAUAGAGCUGAGAAAAACAACAAGAACGAAGGAAGAACAGAGGAUUUCACUCUGUACGCCGCGGCUGCUCUCCGCGCUUCGGCCGGCGCUGUCGUCGCAGUACGCUGCCGUGCAGACCAACGCCGUCGCGGCACUGGUAAACCUAUCGCUGGAGAAGUCGAACAAGGUGAGGAUCGUACGCGCCGGAAUCCUCCCGCCGUUGAUCGACGUGUUAAAGUCCGGGUACUCCGAGUCGCAGGAGCACGCCGCCGGCGCGAUAUUCAGCUUGGCGCUCGAAGACGACAACAAAAUCCCCAUCGGCGUCCUCGGCGCACUGCCGCCGCUGGUGCAUGCGCUGAGGCUGGAGAGCAAGCGGACUCGGCUCGACUCCGCGCUGGCCCUGUACCACCUCACGCUGGUGCCAAACAACCGAGUUAAGCUGGUGAAACUCGGCGCCGCGACGGCGCUGUUGGCGCUGUUGAGGAGCGGCGGGUUGAUGGGGCCAUUAAUGCUGGUUUUAUGCAACUUGGCGGCCUGCGCCGAGGGGCGGUCGGCGCUGCUGGACGCCGGCGCGGUGAAGAUUCUGGUGGGGCUGCUGAAGAAGGAUAGCGGGUUGGAGUCCGAAUCGACUCGGGAGAACUGCGUGGCGACGCUGUACUCUCUGAGUCAUGGAAACUUUAGGUUCCGCGGUCUGGCGAAGGCGGCACAGGCGGAGGAGGUGUUGAGGGAGGUGGCGGAGGGAGGGAAUGAGCGAGCGAGCGAAAGAGCGAAGCAAAUACUUUGGGCGAUGAGAGGGCCGGCGGCGGCGGCGGCGGAGGAGGAAGUGGAUUGGGAAGCGGUGAUGAAAGAAGGGGCGAGCCUGUACCGAGCGCGUAGAACCAACUCGCCCGAGUUUUGAUUUUUGUUUUUUUAUUUUUAUUUUUUGGUGCUAUUUUUGUAAGAAUUGGUGAUUGAUUUUGUGUACAGUGCUUAUAAUUACUUAUAAUGGCGCACGUUAGCUAUAUUCAACCUUACUUUUUUUUCUCCUCCUCCUC